UUGUUUGCAGGUGCUUAUGAAAGAAGUACUUAAACCAUCGGAAAUAAAAUGGUACGACCUUGUUCAUUUAAACAGGCAUCAAGUUUUCACAGGUGCAGUAAACCCGGGUGACAAUUGCUACUCCGUGGGUUACUUAAACACCACGUCCUUUAUUGUGUAUGGCUCUGGAACUAAUUUAGUCAUACUCACAUGCAACUUGGAAACAUUGCAAAUAAUCCCUGGAAUUAAGUACGGGAAUAUUCAAGUUGGAUGUGUAGAAUGCUCUUCUUCGGAAGGAAUGAUAGCAGCAUCCUAUGCUCAUCACAUCUAUCUCUUUAAACCGAAAUCUAUUGAUGGCAAGUUUUCAUUUGCAUCCAGAAAUGAACCGGGAAACAUCAAGUGGCACGAAAUUGGCUUCUUUCAACUUGAGUCCUUCGUCAGCAGCCUGUCCUGGAAUCCAGAUGGCACUCAGCUGCUUACCGCUGCUGCUGAACGAAUUCAGCUGUGGAAGGCGGCGGCGUCAUCGAGUGCGGCGGACACACAAGCAGACUGGUGCUGUGCCUGGCAGUAUAGAUCGCCCAACCCAAUCAGCAGAGUCAAAUUCUCGCCCAACGGGCACUACUUCGCCACGGUGGGAAAAGAGGACUGUUUUGUGAAGAUUUGGUACAAGCAGCUGUACACGCUGCCGCAGCAUUCAACAGGCCAACUAUACCAUGAAGACGACUGCAAUGAACAGCAAGCAUACAAUAAUUCAACUGCCAUUUACAACUACGUCUAUAUUGCACACCCCUGUACUGUUACCGGCUUCUCAUGGCGCACUACUAGUCAUCUCAUGCCAAAGGAUGCUGUGCUGUCCUACUUGCUGACCUCGUGUCGUGACAACAAAUGCAGAAUCUGGGCCGAGACCUCAGACUCCCUUCGUAGACACCACGUCUCUCUCACCCUCAGUUGUAAUGUCGAAGGAUUGGCAUCUGCCUCCUACAGCCCCUCCAAAUGGCAGUCUGCAUCAUCACAGCUUCAUAGUGGGCGGAUUCCUGAUGAUUCGUCUGGCUAUGAAGCUAGGAGUGAAAUGGGGGCAAAUGAAGAGUUCGUGCAUGUAGAACAGCUGCAGCAACAGCAGCUGAAGACGGCUGCGGAUAUGGCUUAUGGGAAUCCUAGUCGCUUCCAUUUGGUGUCAGUCAUCAAUCCACAGACAGACAUCCCUUCCUCAGUAGGAACGGUUUUAAACGGUGAAGUUCCUGACUCUUCUCAGUUUGCAGUCCACUGGUUGAACAACAAGGCAUUCCACUUCAAUCUACAAGCAGAGAUCAUUUUCCGAUACUUGCACCGUAAAUUCAAACAGCAACAGACUCAGAGCGGCGGUAGCCACAUUAAUGAUGCAGCGAAUACUCCGAGCAGUUCUAAAUCGAGAAGGUCAUCGGCAGUCUCGGCGGCCAACGAUGAACUGGUAUCUAGUGUAGACAAUCUGACUAAAGAGGAGGAAGUGGCGCCCAAUAAAGUAUCGGAGGGGGUGGCAAAUGAAGGAUUGGAUACUGGUGGGAAAUCGUUGAUUCGCAUCGCCAUCACCCUUUUUGGCGAUAUUUUGGAUGGAAGAAACGAGAAGCAGCAACAGAGCCAGUCGCUCAGACUGGAACCAGUUGCAGUUGAAGGAUUCUCUGAAGUGCUGAAGAAUUCUCUGCCACACUGGUUGAAAGAGUGGGAGACCAGCUGCGACAUGGUCUUUUCUAUUCACCCCAUAGACGGAUCGCUUCUGCUGUGGAAAAUCGACUCCUUAGACGAACACUCUGCUGGAGGCAGCUACAGACAUCCUCAGAUCGCGUUUGCCUCCAGGAUUCCAAAUGCGUUUCCGGCCUCUGACGCCAUUUCGUGCUCCAACAAUCUGCUAAUGUACAGAGCGGCUUUGUCAGAAGAUAUCGAAAAAUUUUUGAAAUUAAAGUUUGAACAUCAAAUGAGUAAUCCUUUCAUUUUGACCAAUCAGAACUUCGCUAGUGGGUUGUUCGCUCCGAAUGUGGUCAUACUUUCUAAACACAGUGAUGGAUCUCUGAACCAAUGGGAGGUGAGUUUCGACGCCAAUAGCAAAUACAGUUCAUUGCAGACUGUGUCCCAUCUCUGCCGUGUUUCUGGGCACCGGUUCCACAUGGUUGAUCUGAAGAAUCACCCAUCGCUACCACUCCUCAUUACAGUGUCUCAUCACAAUGUUCCCAAAAUGAUGAUCACCGAUUCAUAUCUGAAGGAGAAAACAACAGAAUCAUCUGGCAAGCGGUCCAGAAAGGGCAAAGGACUAGUGUCGCAAAUGUCAUUUAUGGAAAGCAGUCUGGAGGAGUCGGUCAGAGAAGCUAAUGAUGUUUUAACCGAAGACCUGUCCGCUCCGCAUGGUCUGUGUAGUGAACUGAUUCUGUGGCGUGUUGAUCCCGUUGGUCCUCUGUCGCAAUCAGGAGGGCUGCUGGAGCUAGCUAGAGUCCAAAGUCCUUCUAUCUCUGCGUUCUGCACAGCCUCUUGGAUCCCAACGUUGCUUCCCAGUCAUGUUUUAGGACCUGUCUCAAGGUCACCGAGCGUCAGUUUUGUAGCCUUCGACGGAAACUGCUUGAGAGUGUAUCAGUCAAUAAUCGAUGCACAGCCUUUGCUGACUAAAUUAGCAGUUCUAAAGGGUAGUCCUGUACGAACAUCGAAAAAAGUUACCAAUGCUGUUCCAAAUCUAAACGUGGUCAGCCAGCAAAGUACAAAUCAACCUGCAUGCAUAAUAGAACUGGACCAAUUAGAACACUCAGAGUUUCUGAAAAACUAUUUUGUCAAAUUGUUUCACGUUUUCAAAUAUGAAGAAUUUGUUUCUGUGACUCAAUCUCGGAAAGCAUCGCGAUCUAACUCAACAGGUUUCAACGAGUUCAAUUUUGACGAGAAAUUUGUGCUAGUUGCCAUUGCCAAAUCACCACAUGAAACUGCCGAAAACAUCGGCUGGCAAUUUUUCACGUGGGUUAUUAGAAUAUUCAUCUCCGAUCCCCAGCCUUUUGACUCUACUACUCACUCCAGCCGAUCGAGCAAAUCGAUGCCCAUUUUUGAAGACGACUUGAUGAUGUCUGCCAAAACCAAAUCGACGCUGCUGACAAACCCGAUUCAGAAUCUUGUGCGAGUUUCUUCGACGUUUGAGGGAUCACAGGACUUGGACAUCGGAGCAGCAAAUGUUGAGUCUGCAUCGGUUGCCGAGCUGGGAGCAGUAAGUAAAGUGCUGUCUUCAGCAACUGAUGGUUCUGGUCAGAUGAAAGAACACUUAUAUCAAGUAGUAACUGCUGUAGAUGAUAAAAGAGUCCUCUUUUGGAACUGUCGUCGAAAAAACGGCAAGUUUUCCUGGACCGAAUGGAAUCCAUCGUUUGCUAAUAGCAAAGAAGCAAAUGUUAAAUUAGACGCAGUUCCGGUCAGUGUUACAUGUGCUAAUUUUGGAAGAAUAGCUCUUGCGUAUAAAAUUCAGGAUCCUUCGAAUGGACUUUUGUCUGUAAAAGUUGAUGUGUUGGAAAACGAAAGCUCAGGCGGUGCUACUUGGGUUCUAGAACAUUCUAUCGAAACUCCGAAAGCGAAAUCUCCUAAUAUGGCGUAUGGAACUAGUGUUGCGGAUUUGAAAGCUGGAACAUCAAGAAGCUUGCUAGCUAACAGUAGCUCGUAUAAAGACGGAAACGAAAAUGAUUUGCCACCUCAAAAGCAAAAAACUGAACCAUUAGGAAGAAUUUCCUCAUUCUACAGAAAAACGCGCUCCCCUAAAACUGAGCGCAUGCAUACAACUAGGCAAGCUACUAAAAGUUCGGAAAGUAAAAUUCAGAAAGUUUAUCUUGAUUUGCAGGAAAAUGAUAAACGCGAUCGAGAGUUUGUGCAUGUUUCGUGGGUUCCAAAAUAUGACGGAUCAUAUUUGCUGUGUGUAUGUACGGGAGCGAGAGUAAUAGUUUACUCCUCAUUUACAAGCAGCACAGGAACUACUCAAAGUAACACAGCCGCAGGUGCAAUGAAGAGUGCUUCUGUGAUCAAGAGCAAGAGUAGUUAUAGAAAAUGGGUUCCGAUUGCCUAUGUUAAUAUCAGCACCUCAGAUGAACUCUCGCCGUUUCCAGUGUUGAUGUCGAGCUGUGCAAAUGGCAUUCUUAUUCUGGGACUGAUGAAUGAAAUGCAAAUUUUCAGUCAGUGGACAUCAAAAAGAGCAAUAGAAGAACGGGAGCAACUGUCAAACUCACAGGAAGAAGAUACUCCGAAGGCUGCGCAGGAGAGAAAAAAGAGUGUGCUAGAUGAGACUUCAAGGAUAAGAGGAUCGAUCCAAAGUGCCAAUGCUUCCAUAAAAGGCAGUCUGUCCUCGUUGUCAGUGAACUCCUUUAUCAACGAUAAUAACAUUAAGAAACAAGACGAAACAGACGCCAAAGUAUCCGAAAAUGAAACGAAAUGCGACGAUGCAGUUCUGAUCGACCCAGGAAUAUUUGAAAAGAGUCGUGCCCUGAAUCCAGUGCUACCACAGUACCAUCCCAAGCUGCUAAUCGGACUGCUCAACUUCGGAAAAACGGCCAGAGUCAAGGCCAUUCUUGCCCACCUAGUCAAAACUCUUGUUGGCGAAGAAGCAGUUGGCAAAGCAAUAGUGUGUGGAGAUUUAGAAGAAGAGGAAAAAACAGACGCCAUCCGAACUCGAAGAGCCACGUUCAGUCGCUCAAUGACAGUUCACAAUGGAGCACCUGGAGCUGGGCCAGGAACAUCCGGAAGUCGAGGAGGAGGGGGAGGAGAGUGGAAUAUGUCCGGUGGCAGCGUCGAGACAGUUCCACCACUGCCGCUGUACACUUUAAUCCAAUUGGAUUCAAUUCGAUCGAGCUGUGCACAGGGACCGCCACCCAUUCACGCCACUAACACUGCCGCCUCCGAUGAUAGCUCUCGAAAUCAUCGUCCAAAUGGACAUAUUGAUAACAGUUCAGCCAACGGGUCUGCGAAGGCCGAUAAGUACGACGCACUCUUUGAGACCUCAGUUGAUGAAAGUGAUGAGUUUGAUACCGCUCUUAAUGUGGACCUCGAUUUUUCACUGGAGACGGAUGGGCUACCCAAACGGCGCAAGUCAAUGGCCGUAACAAACUUGGAAGCGGUGGCUGCGGCUAUGGCGAAUAUUGGCCCAACUUAUUUUGGACCUGCCCAGUCGAGGCUACUUGCUCAGUGUCUGGUGAAGCUCCAGUUGCCGGAACUGUCCAGAGCAGAUCAGAUGCAACUUCUGGCGGUGGCUCAAGUCGUUUCCACUAUCAGCUCUGAUUCGGCACUUCAAGCUCAAGGCACUGAUAGCUCGAUGACAACUGAUACAAUCGAUGACUGUGGAAUGCGCUACGUUAUGGGACUGAAGUUGCACCAGUUCAUCACAAAAGCCUCCGGGCAGUCGCUUCUCUCUUCGCCGCCCUUGGAUGCUGGGCUGUUUGCCUGGGCUCAUCUGAGUGAAAGCGAGGACCAAAUGAUCGCUGCCUUACGACACAACGCAACAUGGCAGGAGCUGAAGAAGAUGGGUGUCGGAUGGUGGGUUACCAAUUUGAACACUCUGCGGCUACUGAUCGAAAGAGUAGCGAGGCAACAAUUCCAGGCCAACAAAGAUCCAAUGGACUCGGCAAUAUUCUACAUUGCCAUGCAAAAGAAGCACGUUUUGAGAGGACUUUUCAAAAGUGUGGGAGAUGAAAAAAUGACCAACUUUUUCUCCAAGGAUUUCUCGACAGAUGAUAACAAAAGAGUAGCGUUGAAAAACGCAUUUGCGCUCAAUUCGAAGCAAAGAUUCGAACAUGCCGCUGCUUUUUUCCUAUUGGCUGGCAAACUUCAAGACGCAGUCCAAGUAUGUGUGAAAAAGUUGGAAGAUAUCCAGUUAGCAAUUGUGAUUUCAAGACUUCAUGAAGAGGAGCUGGAAUUUUCGAGCUGUGCAAAACAGAUUUUGCGCCAGCAUGUAAUUAACCCCACAAACAAAGGGUUCGCUGCACAGAAUCCAGAAUCGAAGAACCCUUUCUUGAAGUGUAUUUCGCACUGGUGGUUAAGAGAGUACAGCAGUGCAUUGUGUGCACUCGUAGAGUCAUGCACAAGUGAAUCCAGUCAAAAUAUAUCAGUAUUCAAUUUUUACAACUACCUACGAAAACACCCGAUGAUUUUACGAAGACAUAUUUUGAAAAUUGAACAGGUUCAUGAGCGCUCAGUUGCCGGCCAGUCUGUCUUGCUGACUCAACACACAGGUGUCCAAGAUACGAAAGGAGAGAAGACGACAAGUUUGAUUGAAGUUAGUCGCGAGGAAAGGCUUCUGUUCUUCAAGACUGCCACCGAUCAUUUCACAAAUGGGUGCCCGCUGCUCGCUCUGGAAGUUCUCACCAUUAUACCUCCUGUCCGAAAAGAUGACCUUGAUUUGAAUGCGUCUUUGGAUGUGAAUCAAAUUAACAAAAAGCGGGCGCUCUUGAGGUCAGGCACGAUAGAGGGAAAGCAGAAAGAAACCAAACUGGAACGAGCGGAAGAUUUCGACUGGGGUUUCGGAGCGGGUUCUCAGAAGUCUGCGCCUGAGUCUGGAAUGAUUGAUUGGGGAGCGCCUGUUGCUACGUCUAACGGCAGUGGAGGCAUGGGGGGAGGUUUCGACUCGAAUUUUGAUAUCAAUUUUGACGACGUCUUGAGAAUAGAUGGCGAAGAUUUAGAAGAAACAACGAUCACGAAGCCGACCGAAAAUGGAACCGAUUCUGUUUUUACGACACAAUCUGAAUCCGCAAAAACUACUGCUAAAAUAAUCGAACAGGUUCAAAGCACCGAUUUGUAUUCGAUCUAUCUCAAGCAAGAAGCAUGCUUGAAAAUAUUUGUCGAGGAGCUUAGAACGUUGGCGAUGGCAAUCGAUUGUGAUGAGAGCCAUUUAAGAGCAUAUUUUAGACUGUGGCUAGAAAAAAUUGGAGCUUUGCUUGAUUCAUUGUGCAACCAGAAAUCGGACAUUCAGCUUGAAAUAAACGAGGAAUGCUUGGAUAAUAAUGCUAUUGAAGAUUGCCUUUCGCCAGACAGUGAAUCCAAUUUUUUGUUUCAAGUAGACGUUGAAAAGAAGCUAGCAAAAGCGAUUCAGAGAAAAGCUUGGCUGAAAUAUAACGAAUCUCUCUUGAACACCUUGUUAGGUUACUCGUCCUUGUUUGGGUGUAACGGAGGCGGACUUUCGUGUGUGAGGAUGGAGUUGAUUUUGCUUCUGCAAGAGUUGCAGCAGAACUACUCCAAGAAACAGAUCCUCUCGCCGCUUCCCUUUCCCAACUCGCUGCCCUUGAUUUCGGCAUGUCUAGCCCCCGUGCAGACAGUCGUCGUUAAUCCGUUCAACUCACUGGAGAGGUUCUGUCAGGAUCUAGUCAAGACACUUACUAGUUACACCACGCCGCCUCAGAGUCCAGAUUCGUACAAGGUUGCCAUUACAUUACGAAAUCUCUGUGGCGCCUUGUCCUCGUGCAUUUACCAAAGUCUUCAAGACAGUAACAAAGUAUCAAUGACAGGUGCGAAAAAAUCCCCAGAUACCCAAACCUCUAACCCAACUCAUGCUUUGUCGGAUCCGAAAUCAUCUAAAGUGGGAGAGCUGUACGCUAGGAACUACUCGGAGGAAAGAGCGGCAUCUGUUCUGGUGACUUCGCGGCGAACGAGAAACGAUUCGAACUUACUUGCCAGUCAUAUAAUUUCAAAACCAUCCGACUGGCCCGGCGUUAAACUGUUCAUUAGGCUACUCUCCGAUUAUGCGCAUCUGCGCAAUUCCGGGUCCGAAUCGAGACUGAGAAUUCUUCUUGUGGAAUCUUGUUGUGUUGUGUACACUGGAAUUUUAUUUCACGCUCUGGUGACAAAUGAUGCGAAUGAGCUGUUAAGAGUGAUCGCAAACCCAGUCUCUAGUCAGAUGUUUGCGUUCAUUGCGGGCGGAUGUGUCAGAACAAGAAGCCACGCGUCCAACGUCAUGCUACCUCCUCAAGAUGCUGUCAACUUGAUGAAAAACUCGACAGCUUCUAAAGCAGAAAGUGCGGCACAUUUGGCAGCAAACAGACACCGAAUCAGUCUGAAUGCGAAGAUAUUGGCAAAAGCGGGAGGCUCUUUGAAUGACGACAGUCCGCCUUCGCCGGUGAUCAUGAACGAAGAAAACAAGUACCAAUAUGAAACGUUUUCUUCGCCUGUCAUGACAAUAUUUGACUUCAUUUUAUCGAAGCCCAAUCUGCCCUCCACGAUGGACUUCUUGAGUUACGAGUCAGAUGAAGAAGAAGCAGACAUGAUGAACAGGACGAUUGGGGAAUACAAAGGCGACGGAUACUGUUCAGAUGAAAGUGAAGAGGAAGACGAUGGAUUUGGAUUCAGAAGGAACACAGCGCAGAAAGAAGUCACUAGGGAAAGUGUGGAACACUCGGAUCCAAACAGCUAUAGCUGGUGCAUAAUGCGCUUCGCCAUCAUCACGUCAGUGUUGGACACUUUGAACAGCUUCAUUUUGGAGAUGGGUCUGGAGCUAAGCGAACUGGCGCUCCAUUCCCCCACCCUUCAGAACCUGCGCAACACCAUCACCCAAUGGCAGAAUGUGGCACACACCCAGUUGAGUCUAAUGGCUGCAAAUGGACCUCCGGACAACUUCAUUUCAAGGGCCGAUUCUUCUUCGUAUGGUUUCGGAAAAGGGGCGGCAAGUGACGUGGCUUCGAGUGUGGCGGGUACUGCUAGUCUAAGCACAAGCUCCAUCCGAGGUGUGCAUCAAGUGAGAGCAUCCGCGAGGCCCACAGCCAAUGAUCUGUUCCACCCGGAUGCGACGCCGUUCAGAUCAAACAGCCUUUCCGUACAACCAGUGAAGAGACUUUGGUGCUAUCUUGUGCGACAAAAAAGGCUGGAAAACCUAUUUUUCCAUUACUGUUUUGCGAAAAGCGGAGAACAGUUGCACGGCAAUCAACUUACGAUUCCCUCUCGAAAUCUUACAAAGGGUUUCGACUCCCCAAACACUCGCACGUGGGACCAAUUUGAAAUACCAGUAAAUCCAGUAGCCGUGGUUUACAGAGAUGUUUCAAACGAGACAAUCAGUGCACUGUGCUUCAAUAACAUUCCACUUACAUUAUCUCAUUCUAUACAUUGUCUUGUAGUCGCCACUCAAAAAGAUAUCACCGAAAAUGACAUCACGAAUAUCGUAUGUCCACCGGCGCCCUCAAGUGGCAGCACGUUGGCGAUGUUGGGUAAAACUAAAGGCAGCCAGCAGAACUACAACAGAGGCUCAUCAGACCUUUCCGAUCAGUCUUCUAUGGCCGGUGGUUAUUCCAAUAGCAUCGGACUAUUCUCGCAUCGGAAGGGAAACUCUUUGAAACGAAGCUAUGCAACCAAUGUGCGCAAAUUGUGUUGUCACCCCUAUCUGCCGUUCUAUUUGAGUGGCUGCUCUUAUGGUAAGCUGAAUUUGUGGGAGUGGGGCCAUGAAGAGGUAGUGGCCAUGUUCAAGACAUCCAACAGCAAAAUAACUGGACUAAACUUCAAUGCAGAUGGACGGAAGCUGGGGGUGUGCGAUGAAUCUGGGAACCUGCAUUUGUAUCACACGUCCUACGGAGGCCUACAGCAGUCCUUCCAGAGACCGUUUUUGUCGCUGGAGUGCCACACUAAACAAUGUGCUGGCUUCUCUUUUAUCGGAUGUUCCAGUCUGGUAGCCACAGUAGGAACCGGACUGGGAGCCUACAACCCAUCAAGCAGUACAAGUGGAGGGCCAAGUGGGUUCUCUUUCGGCGGAUCAGGAGCGAGUAGUGCGGCCAUGUCGUCAAUAUGCAUGUGGGACUGUCUAAUGCCUACUCAUAGGAACAGCAACCUCAUCUCAGUAUACCAAGGAGGCUCCAGUUCCUCUGACAGUUUCUGCAGCGUGACCUACAGUGCCUCCACAAGGGCAAUAAUAGCGGGAACUGGGAAGGGCGAAGUGCUUCUGUAUGACACCAGACAGCGCCGCAUCCAGGCCUCUCUGCCUGCAUUCACUCAUAGUCAAUCCCAAGUCAAGUGUCUGGCUCUGGAUCCUCUUGGAAAUCUGCUGGCUGCCGGGUCCAGAGACGGAGACAUUAAGGUGUUCGACUUGAGUUCCUCGAAUGUCGUGUUCCACAGUGAAGGUGAGCACAAGCGCAAAGACGGACUGUUCAAGACGGGACCGAGGGGAGUGCUCGAUCUGCAGAUUUUGUCAAGUGGAGACCACAUGUUGUCCUGUGGGUCGGACGGAGCAGUCAAACUGCGCAAAUUGACCAACUGUGCAACUCCCAUCACGCAAUAUCUGCUAUGAGUCAUGUGACCAUUACAUUUCAUCACCUUACAUCUGAUGAUUACGUAAUAUAUGAUGAAAGCCCGAAUCGUUUGCCUAAAAAUCAAUACCAUGAGAGGCCCAGUGAAUGAAGCGAGGACACAAAAAUAGCAACGAAAAUCGAGAAGUUUUUCCUUUAAUCGAAAAUUCUUUGAAGAUUAUAUUUGAUUUUUUUUGUUUGGAAUCUUUGUGCAGUGCUCUAUAAGCAUAGUUCAUGCAAUUCAGUUGGCCGCGUAUGUUGUAUAUCGAGUUUAAUAGUUAAAGUAUUUUUUGAACCAGUAGUAAAAUAUCGUUGUAGUGAAUUGUAUUCAAAGAAUCUGCAAUAUUACAAAUGUUGUAUUUUUUUGAACUGAAGCCGCUUCAUUUCGCAGAUUUGUCCUUUCUUAUGAACUGUUUUGGUUGAAUAUUAGAAUUAUAUGUGUAAAUUGCCAUGCAAAACUUUUUUACUAUACUUGGGUUAAGUUACAGUCCGUUUUGCCUGCCUGUGGAAGAGCAUGAUUUUUCUGUCCUGAAGGAAGCAAAUUUAUUUAUUCUUUGAUCACCUCAAGUAAUUAGCAUAGCUACAGACUAUAUUGCAAUUGUAAUUAGUUAAUCACAAAAAUUCAAUAUUCAUACUUAA